AUGCCCGCCACUGCAACACGCCCACCACAAGUUCCAUAUACCGGCGGUGCCUCAUCCUCGUCUUCAUCAUCUUCAUCGUACUCGGCAUCCGACUCGGAUCUUCCGUCUUCGGGCACCAUGAGCUCGACAGUCGCCGUCCGGACCAGCAUGGAGUCAGUAUCCCGAACCCCGGUCCAGGUCGCCGUCAUUCGCUGCCUAAGGUGCGCCCGCGCCGAAGAGCUGACCUCGACCGACGACCCGAGGCUGUCCGGCAUGGUUCAGAUUGGCACCAACAUCUACUAUUGCAACCGCUGCGCCAAGAUGGUUGGCUACACUUGA